CAAUCAUUUACAAAAGGGAGAUGAUUGCAUAUCAGUUCUGUUUUGUGGCUUCUCGUGACUGGGGUUGUACUCGUCUAUAUAGCUCAAAGUGUUUUCGCUAUGGCUACAAGAAUGGGGCAAGAAGUGGUAGAAAACAAAGCAACGCACACUGUUCUUCUACAAGAAUCAACUGUAUUGCCAGAAACUUUCAAACAAGCUUACAGAAUCUUGUAAAACUAUUGGAGAAUAGUUUUUGUCAAGAACGGAAUAGACAAAGUAGAGCAACUGUCAUUUUGGUGCUGGCAUCUUGUCUAGUGCUUUCUCCAAUUCAGUUCAACAGUGUUGACGGGAGUUUCGGCAGUGUUCCAGCACUGGCCGCUAAAAAUAGAUUUGCACCAGGCACUAAUGAACCUGUUGUUAAAGAUCCAGAGGCCAUAUUGCGAAAUGCACUUCCCAUUGAAAAUAAGACAAUUCGAAAAAUACAACAUUCAUUGGAGUCGAUACCGAAGGACAUUAGAACUCGCUCCUGGUCCAAGAUAGAACAAGAAUUUAAGCAGGCGAAUAGCUUGUUAGAUAAACAAAAGGAUGACAUUCUCUCCAAUAUUCUGGAGUCUAGAAGGACAGAGGCUCGAAACUUGUUGGAUAAUCUCAUUUCACACAAGUUACCGUCUUUAAGACAAUCGAUAUCACAAAGAGACUCAGAAAAGAUAACCUUAUUCAACGUCGAUAUCUUAAGAGAUAUUGCCGUAUUGGAGGAAGAUAUGGUGAAGCAGUUUCCGUAUGAGGUUCCUAAGGAGUUCGAUCACUUGCCACAAUUGAAAGGACGAGCAGUUGUUGAAAUGACUAUUAAGAAGGCUAACAAUCAGAAAUUUGAUCUUGACGGUCAACUUUUUGAUAAGGGUCAAGUGACACUGGUCAUCGAUGGAUAUUCAGCUCCAGUAACUGGGGGAUGCUUCGUUGACUUGGUUAAUCGGAGAUUUUAUGACGGUAUGAAAGUAAUUCGUUCUGAUGGAUUUGUCAUACAGACAGGUGAUCCAGAAGGACCGGAUGAUGGUUUUGUAGAUCCGCAGACAAAACGUAAGAGGCUGAUUCCUUUGGAAGUUUUUGCCAAAGGAGAUGAGGCUCCUACUUAUGGUAUUACUUUGGAAGAUGAUGGAAGAGGAGCGGCAGCAACUGUGCUUCCUUUUACGUCUUAUGGUACAUUAGCUAUGGCUCGAGAGGAAUUUGACGCAAAUAGUGCCAGUUCACAAUUCUUUUGGCUAUUAUUUGAUCCAGAACUAACACCUGCAGGAAGAAACUUGUUGGAUGGUAGAUACGCAGUAUUCGGUUAUACUAUAAAUGGCCAAGAAUAUCUUCAAGAUUUCAAAGUCGGAGACUAUGUGGAACAAGCAAAAGUAACUAAAGGGAUCGAAAACUUGAAGCAGCCUGCAGAAUGAAAAAGGAUACGUCCGUGUGUGGGGGUAAAGAAAUAAAUGUCAAAUUAAAAUU